AUGAACAAGUUUGCAAUCUUGUCUGUUGUCACUGUUUUGGCAGCCACCUACUUCAUGGUAUCUUCUCCAUCUGUUGAUGCUACCCUCGAAUCCCAAUUCAACACUUUCAUCGGAAUGUAUGGAAGGAACUAUGCUAGUGAGGAUGAGCGCGCCUUCAGAUUGUCUAUCUUCCAGGAGAAUAUGAAGGAAGCUGAGAAGCUUAACAAGCAAAGUAAGACCGCUACUUUCGGAAUUACUAAAUUCUCUGACUGGACUGACGAAGAAUUCCAAGUACUCUUGGGAGAUAGAGUCACCUAUCCAAGCGACUACGUUGAGAAAUACACUGAUGUAGUUGAGAGCGAAGUAGGAUUCAGCGCAGAUCACAGACAACACUUCAAGCCAAUCCAGAACCAAGGAUCUUGAGGAUCUUGCUGGACUUUUGCAGCUACUGCUACUUUCGAAGCUUAUAGUUCAAUCAAUAACAACGGAGUCCCAAAGCUUUCCGAACAAGAACUUGUUGACUGUGUUACUAAGUGCAGUGGAUGCGGCGGAGGUCUUGCUAAUCUCGCCUAUGACUGGCUUGUAGAUACUAAAUUCAUUCCUUUGGACAAGUACCCAUACCACGCUGCUAACGAAGUCUGUAAAGCUCAACAACUGGAAGAGGAGGGUGUCGCCAACGAUAGCGGAAGUGGUCUCAUUGUUAGUGGAGAAGAUGGAAUCUUGCACAGACUUGGACAUGAAGGACCUGUAUCCAUCUCUAUUGAUGCUUCCGUCUGGAAGACCUACACUGGAGGAGUCCUCGACUCUGGGUGUGGAAUGUCUACCAACCAUGCUGUCGUAGUUGCUGCUUUCGAAGAUGACGCCUACAUUAUCAGAAACUCCUGGGGAGAAAACUGGGGAGAGAAUGGAUUCAUUAGAUUGGCUUAUGGAAAGAACAUGUGUAACAUUGAAAAGAGACCAUCCUACCCUGUCUUCUAA